GAGACGGACGGACGGACGGCAGAAUGAAGCGCAGCGUCGCGGUCAAACAAUCAAAUCCAUGAAAAACUGCAGCGAAGAAUCCGGAUCACAGACACACGCCACCGGAGCGAUGCGAGCGAAGCGUUGAAGAUGUUUGUCGUACUACAGAGUGUGUUACUGUGCAGUUUAUAUGUGCAGAUACACGGCCUGCCGCUCCUCCUGCACGCAAACCGGCGAGACCUGCGGCUGGUGGGCGCGGCUCACGGUCGGGCGAAUGCCACCGUAGUGAUCGGCGGUUUGGAGGACGCCGCAGCGGUGGAUUACGUUUACGUGCAGGGACUAAUAUUCUGGAGCGGCGUGAGCGAGGAAGCUAUUAAGCGGACUGUGUUUAGCGGGUCGGUACCCAGCGGGAUUCAGGCGACAGUCGUGUCCAAUCUGGCCUCUCCGGAUGGGUUGGCGUGCGACUGGAUGGGGAAUAAGCUUUACUGGACAGACUCGGAGACCAAUCGGAUAGAAGUGUCGGAGCUGGAUGGGACGUUCCGAAAAGUUUUAUUCUGGCAAGAUCUGGACCAGCCGAGGGCGAUCGCACUGGAUCCCGGCCGAGGGUACAUGUACUGGACGGACUGGGGCGAAAUCCCAAAGAUCGAGCGAGCAGGAAUGGACGGAACUCAUCGCGCCGUCAUCAUCGACACUGAAAUCUACUGGCCGAACGGACUGACGCUCGACUACAGCGAACAGAAGCUCUACUGGGCCGACGCCAAGUUUAAUUUCAUCCACCGCUCCAACCUGGACGGGUCCGGCAGGGAGGUCGUGGUGAAAGGAUCGUUGCCGCACCCGUUUGCGCUCACGCUGUACGAGGACACGCUCUUCUGGACGGACUGGAACACACACUCCAUACACUCAUGUUACAAACACACGGGAGAAAACAGCCGAGAGAUUCACUCCAACAUCUUCUCUCCGAUGGACGUCCAUGUGUUCAGUCAGACGAGACAGUCCAUUGAGGUGAUGAGUCCCUGCUCACUGAAGAACGGCGGAUGUUCUCAUCUGUGUCUGCUGUCACCAGUCAAACCAUAUUACCAGUGUGCCUGUCCAACUGGAGUCCAGCUGCUGGAGGACAACAAGAGCUGCAGAGACAGUGCAAUGCAGCUGUUGCUGUUGGCACCGACGGACCUCCGGCGAAUCUCUCUGGACACACCCGACUUUACAGACAUCACGCUGCAGACCAACGACAUUCGCCACGCCAUCGCUAUCGACUAUGACCCCGUGGAAGGUCACAUCUACUGGACGGAUGAUGAGGUCAAAGCGAUACGAAGGUCCUACCUGGACGGGAGCGAUGCCCAGUUUGUGGUGACCUCACAGGUGAAUCACCCGGACGGAAUCGCGCUGGAUUGGAUCGCACGGAAUCUGUAUUGGACGGACACGGGCACAGACCGGAUUGAGGUGACCCGACUGAACGGCACCAUGAGAAAGAUCCUGAUAUCAGAAGAUCUGGACGAGCCGAGAGCCAUCGUACUCGACCCCGUCGCUGGGUACAUGUACUGGACGGAUUGGGGUGAAGUGCCAAAGAUCGAACGAGCAGCUCUGGACGGGACGGAGCGACUGGUGCUGGUCAACACGUCUCUGGGAUGGCCGAACGGACUGGCGCUCGACUACACCGAGAGAAAAAUCUACUGAGACGCCAAGACUGACGUCAUAGAGGUGAUUGAGAUGGACGGAUCGGGCAGACGGGUGUUAGUGGAGGAUAAUCUGCCGCACAUCUUUGGGUUCACGCUGUUGGGCGAUUACAUCUACUGGACGGACUGGCAGCGGCGCAGCAUCGAGCGCGUGCACAAACGCACCAUUGAGCGAGAGGUUAUUAUAGAUCAGCUGCCCGACCUCAUGGGAAUAAAAGCCACAUACGUCCACGAGACCUUCGGGGUGAACCCGUGUGCGUUCAGUAACGGCGGCUGCAGUCAUCUGUGUCUGUAUAAGCCGCAGGGCGUGUCGUGCGCGUGUCCCAUCGGUCUGGAGCUCAUGGCUGAUUUGAGCACGUGUAUCGUUCCCGAAGCGUUCCUGCUGUUCUCACGACACACGGACAUCAGACGCAUCUCCCUGGAGACCAACAACAACAACGUGGCCAUACCGCUCACCGGCGUCAAGGAAGCGUCGGCGCUCGACUUCGACGUCACCGACAACCGGAUCUACUGGACAGAUAUCACUCUGAAGACGAUCAGUCGGGCGUAUAUGAACGGCAGCGCUCUGGAGCACGUGGUGGAGUUCGGCUUGGAUUAUCCGGAGGGGAUGGCCGUUGAUUGGCUCGGGAAGAAUCUGUACUGGGCCGACACAGGAACCAAUCGCAUCGAGGUGGCCAAACUGGACGGUCAGCACAGACAGGUGCUGGUGUGGAAGGAUCUGGACAGUCCACGAGCGUUGGCACUCGACCCCGCUGAAGGGUUCAUGUACUGGACGGAAUGGGGCGGACGGCCGAAGAUCGACCGCGCUGCGAUGGACGGUUCUGGUCGCAUCACUCUGGUGCCAAACGUGGGUCGAGCUAACGGACUGACCAUCGAUUACGCUGAGCGACGCCUCUACUGGACGGAUCUCGACACGACACUCAUAGAAUCGUCCAACAUGCUCGGUCUGGAGCGUGAGGUCAUCGCUGAUGAUCUGCCUCAUCCGUUUGGACUGACUCAGUAUCAGGAUUACAUCUACUGGACCGACUGGAGUCAGCGCAGCAUCGAACGAGCCAAUAAGACCAGCGGACAGAACCGCACCAUCAUACAGGGUCAUCUGGAUUACGUCAUGGACAUCCUGGUGUUUCACUCGUCCAGACAGGGCGGCUGGAACGCCUGUGUGGCCACUAACGGUCACUGUUCUCACCUGUGUCUCGCCGUACCCGUCAGCGGCUUUGUGUGCGGAUGCCCAGCGCAUUACUCGCUCAAUUAUGACAACAAGACAUGCAGCGCGCCCACGUCGUUCCUGCUCUUCAGUCAGAAGUCGGCGAUCAAUCGUAUGGUCAUCGACGAGCAGCAGAGUCCAGACAUCAUCCUGCCCAUUCACAGUCUGAGAAACGUGCGCGCCAUCGACUACGACCCUCUCGAUCGACAGCUGUACUGGAUCGACUCCAAACAGAACGUCAUCCGCCGCGCGCAGGAGGACGGCAACCAGAGUAUGACUGUGGUAUCGAGCGGGAUGGGCGGGGCUAACCUCGGCCUGCAGCCGUAUGACCUCAGCAUCGACAUCUACAGCCGCUUCAUCUACUGGACGAGCGAAGUGACCAACGUCAUCAACGUGACGCGCACGGACGGCUCUCGUGUCGGUGUGGUUCUCCGCGGGGAACAUGACAAACCACGUGCGAUCGUGGUGAACCCAGAGAGAGGGUACAUGUACUUCACUAACCUGCAGGAACGUUCACCGAAGAUCGAGCGCGCCGCUCUGGACGGGACGGAGCGUGAGGUUCUGUUCUUCAGCGGUCUCGGGAAACCCGUCGCUCUUACAGUCGAUAAUGAGAUGGGGAAACUCUUCUGGGUCGACAUGGACCUGAGACGCAUCGAGAGCAGCGACCUGUCCGGAGCCAAUCGGAUCGUCAUUGAGGAUUCAAACAUCCUGCAGCCGGUGGGACUGACGGUGUUUGGGAAUCACCUGUACUGGAUCGAUCGACAGCAGCAGAUGAUCGAACGGAUCGAUAAGAUCACACGAGAGGGACGCACGAAGAUUCAGGCGCGAAUCUCCUCACUGAGCGACAUCCACGCCGUACAUGAGGUCGACAUGCAGGAGUACAAUAAACACCCGUGCACGUCUGAGAACGGCGGCUGCUCGCACAUCUGUAUCGUGAAAGGAGACGGAACGACGCGCUGCUCAUGUCCCGUUCACUUGGUGUUACUGCAGGAUGAGCUCUCCUGUGGAGAGCCGCCCACUUGUUCUCCUGAGCAGUUCUCGUGCUCAUCCGGCGAGGUGGACUGUAUCCCGCAGGCGUGGCGCUGCGACGGCUUUGCCGAGUGUGACGACAGCAGCGAUGAGCGCGACUGUCCCGUGUGUUCGGACGAAGAGUUCCAGUGCGACAGUAAACAGUGUGUCGAUAUUUCACUGCAGUGUAACGGAGAGAUCAACUGUCAGGACCGAUCCGAUGAGAACAAGUGUGAAGUUCACUGUCCCAGAGAUCAGUUCACCUGUGCGAACGGUCAGUGCAUCGGACCACACAAGAAAUGUGAUCAUAACAUGGACUGCACAGAUAACUCUGAUGAGGUCGGAUGCUAUGCGACCGAGGAGCCGUCCUUUCCUCCGACGAACACCAUUGGCUCAAUUGUGGGCGUGGUCAUGGUGCUGUUCGUGGUGGGUGCAGUUUAUUUCGUGUGUCAGCGCGUUCUGUGUCCUCAGAUGAAGGACGACGGUGAGACGAUGACGAAUGACUUUGUGGUUCACGGACCGCCAUCGGUGCCGCUGGGAUACGUCCCUCACCCGAGCUCUCUCACGGGGUCACUGCCAGGCAUGUCUCGUGGGAAGUCUGUGAUUGGCUCUUUGAGCAUCAUGGGCGGCAGCAGCGGCCCACCAUAUGACCGUGCUCAUGUGACUGGCGCUUCGUCCAGCAGCUCGUCGAGUAUGAAGGGCGCACACUUCCCUCCUAUUCUGAAUCCUCCUCCGUCACCCGCCACUGUGAGGUCACAGUGCACCAUUGAGUUUGGAUACUCAUCUAAUAGUCCGUCAACACACCGCUCGUACAGCUACAGGCCGUACAGUUACCGUCACUUCGCUCCUCCGACGACGCCGUGCAGCACAGACGUGUAUGACAGCGAUUACACGCCGGGCCGUCGAGUGCCACACGUAUCCAGUGUCGUCGCUAAGGGCUACAUGAGCGACCUGAACUACGACUCGGAGCCCCUCCCCCCGCCACCCACCCCGCGAAGUCAAUAUCUGUCCGCGGAGGAGAACUGCGAGAGCUGCCCGCCCUCACCGUACACCGAACGCAGCUACUCGCAUCACCUGUACCCCCCGCCCCCCUCGCCCUGCACGGACUCGUCCUGAGACUUGUCAAUCACAACACGAGCCCCGCCCACGGACUGUCUGUAAAUAAUGGACUCAUUUCUGUUCUGAUGAUCCAAAUUCUGGAGGAGAGAGACAUGUCUGCAUCUCCCGGUGUGGCGGGUGUCUGUACAUUCAAAAGAAAAGAAUCAUAUUUAUAUAUUUUCUAUACAGUGUUUAUGACAUGCAGCUUUGUGUGAAAAGAAAUUUGUACAUUUUUUUAAAGAGAAAAUUUUUAUGAAAUCUCAAACAUAAUGAGUUGCCUUAAAUCCAGGAGUUACGAAUCAAACUACCUUCUCGACCAGCCGAAGGAUUCAGAAAAUACGGGAAUGUGUUUCUGUGGCUGGUUUUGCUUUCCAAUGCCAAAUAAUGGAGACGUGUGACGCAGAAACACUGUGAUCACCUUCAACACAACAUGGUACUCAGAUUUUCUUCUAUUUUUCUAUUUAAGAUGUCACCGAUGCGCUCUCUUUAACUGGAAUGAGUGUGUGUUCCGACUGCGACAGGACACCGCAGUGCAUCAUGGGAACAGUGUGACAACCAGUUCAACCAAAACCUUCACACCGGACGCGGCGGUCUGAAACGCAUCCGCAGCUCACAAUCACAGACGGGAUCUCGUGCCUGACCGUUGCUUGAAACACUUUUAAUCAUUUUUUAAAUAUCAGUGCCACAAAAGGUUUAAUAUUUUUGUAGCACAUUCUGUUGAUACUGUAUUUAUAAGCUAUAAAAGAGAAACUUUCAUUCUGAGUCUCCGUGGAUUGAGCAGCAGAAUGAUGAAAGUCAGAAUUCACUGCGCUUCAUGCUUCAGACAAGAGGAACAUAUAUUUGCCAGUGGGGAACGUAAAAUCAACUUGUGUUCCUUGUUUUCAUUGGCAAACGUUUUGUUAGUUUUCUCUGUAAACAAGAGUAAAUAUCUUAAUUAUCUAAAGUUAACUGAUUUUAUUUUAAGAAUGUUUUGAUAAUUUUAUGGGGAAAAUGAUAAAAAAAAAUACCCUGUAAUGACAAUGUGUGUGUCCGAGAGUGUCUGAGUGUGUGCGUGCGUGUCCGAGCGCGUGCGUGUGUGUCUGAGUGUCCCCGAGUGUGUGUCCAUGUAUCUGUUUGUGUGUGUAUGAGAGAGAGUGUAUCUGUGUGUGUGUGUCUGUGUGUGAGAGUGUAUCUGUUUGUGUGUGUGUGAGAGAGAGUGUAUCUGUUUGUGUGAGAGAGAGUGUAUCUGUGUGUGUGUGUGUGAGAGAGAGUGUAUCUGUUUGUGUGUUUGUGAGAGAGAGAGUGUAUCUGUUUGUGUGUUUGUGAGAGAGAGAGUGUAUCUGUGUGUGUGUGUAUGAGAGAGAGUGUAUCUGUUUGUGUGUUUGUGAGAGAGAGUGUAUCUGUUUGUGUGUUUGUGAGAGAGAGAGUGUAUCUGUGUGUGUGUUUGUGAGAGAGAGUGUAUCUGUUUGUGUGUUUGUGUGAGAGAGUGUAUCUGUUUGUGUGUGUAUGAGAGAGAGUGUAUCUGUUUGUGUGUUUGUGUGAGAGAGUGUAUCUGUUUGUGUGUGUGUGAGAGAGAGUGUAUCUGUUUGUGUGUGUAUGAGAGAGUGUAUCUGUUUGUGUGUGUAUGAGAGAGAGUGUAUCUGUUUGUGUGUUUGUGAGAGAGAGAG